AUGUCUUACUCCUGGGUCGGCGCACCUACUGUAUUCAAUGGCACGGACCCUUUGGGUGGUGACUCCACGAUGGUGUUGAUCAUGAUUCCGGGUCUUGGUUUUCUCUAUUCUGGUCUGGCACGCAGAAAGUCGGCUCUUAGUAUGAUCUGGGCCUGUAUGGCGUCCUGUUCGAUCAUCACUUUCCAAUGGUACUUUUGGGGAUACUCUCUGGCUUUCUCUGGAGGUGCAACCAAUGGCUUCAUCGGCAACCUACAAAAGUUUGGUCUCAAGGAGACUCUCGGUGCACCUUCUCCUGGCUCCCCUCUUAUCCCUGAGCUCCUCUAUGCUUUCUAUCAGGUAUGCAUUCUUCGUGUUGACUCUAGAUACUGUCAGUCCUCUAACAACAACAACACANNGAUGCAAUUCUGUGCCGUCACCGCCGCCAUCGUCGUUGGUGCAGUCGCCGAGCGUGGUCGCCUGAUUCCUUGCAUGGUAUUCAUCUUCUUCUGGGCUACUCUUGUCUACUGCCCAAUCGCUUGCUGGGUUUGGGGAGCAAACGGAUGGGCAUUCAAAUGGGGUGUCCUCGACUACGCUGGAGGCGGUCCCGUCGAGAUUGGCUCUGGUAUGUCCGCUCUUGCCUACUCGAUGAUCCUCGGAAGACGUCAGGAAAAGAUGAUGCUCAACUUCCGUCCCCACAACGUCUCUCUCAUUACCCUUGGUACUGUCUUCCUCUGGUUCGGCUGGUUGGGCUUCAACGGUGGUUCGGCCUUCGGUGCCAACCUUCGCGCUACCAUGGCUUGCUGGAACUCCAACUUGACUGCCAUGUUCGCUGCCAUUGCCUGGGUUGUUCUCGAUUGGAGACUUGCCCGUAAGUGGUCCAUGGUCGGUUGGUGCUCUGGUACCAUUUCUGGCCUUGUCGCUGCCACUCCCGCUUCCGGUUUCAUCACUCCCUGGGCAUCCGUCGUUCUCGGCAUCACCACCGGCAUCGUAUGCAACUUUGCAACCAAGGUCAAGUUCUGGAUUCGCAUCGACGAUGCUAUGGAUGUGUUCGCUGAGCACGGUGUCGCUGGCAUGAUCGGUCUUUUCUUCAACGGCAUCUUCGCUGCUUCCUACAUUAUUGGUCUCGACGGUGUCAACAACGGUAUUGACGGUGGAUGGAUUCAGCACAACUGGAAGCAGCUGUACAUGCAAAUUGCCUACAUCGCUGCCGUCACCGCCUACUCCUUCGUCAUUAGUGCCGCUAUUGCCUGGAUCAUCAACAAGAUUCCUGGCCUCCACCUUCGCGCGUCCGAGGAGGCUGAACUUCUCGGUAUGGAUGACGACCAGCUCGGUGAAUUCGCCUACGACUAUGUCGAGGUUCGCCGUGAUUACCUCGCCUGGACUCCCGCUCGCGAUUUGCCCGAGACUGCCGAGCACCAAAUCCCUCAGGGUGACCGCCAUGGUAUCCCCCAACACUCGCAAAUGCUCGAGGGCAAGGCCCCCAGCGAAAGCGACAGCCAAGGAAACGAGCACACCGGUAUCGGUGGUGACCGUCACGCCGUUGCCUACGAGAAGGCGGAACGCGAACAGCGCACCUUGGACGGUUAA